AUGACACACACCCGGAGGAAGUCCCUUCCCAUGCUGAGUUCGGGCCCCACUGGCCGCCAGGAGCCCCUGCCGAUGGAAGGCAGCAAUGUGGAGCAGGGGGCGGAGGCCGUGGAGCCAGGCAUGCCCGAGAGCCCCGGGCACCUCACAGCGCGCCGCAAGAACUACCCACUGCGAAAGCGCCCACUGGUCCCUGAGAAGCCCAAGGCCUGCAAAGUGCUGCUGACCCGCCUGGAGAGUGUGGCCGAUCCACGCAGCGCAGACGAGGCUGACGAGCUGCCCCCUGACCUGCCCAAGCCCCCCAGCCCGGCCCCAUCUAGUGAGGGCCCUGGCCUCGCCCAGCCCCGCAAGCGGCGCCUGGCCUCCCUCAACGCCGAGGCCCUCAAUAACCUGCUGCUGGAGCGGGACGACACCAGCAGCCUGGCAGGCCCCCGCCGCAGCCGAGGGGGAGACCCCCGCCGAAGCCGGGACCGCGACCGUGACCGGGCCACUGCGGGCUGGUCCUCCUCCAAGAAGCGGCCCCGGCUGGGAGACCUUGGAGGAGGAAGUCGAGACCUGUCCCCAGAGCCCGCACCAGAUGAAGGUGCCCGUCGGGAUGGUGACCCGGCUCCCAAGAGGUUGGCCAGCCUGAACGCAGCCGCCUUCCUGAGGCUGAGCCAGGAGCGCGAGGUUCCCCUGCGCCCCCCUCGUCCCCACCCAGAAGCAGACGGGCGCUCCACUGAGUCACCAGCACCCAAGGCCCUGCGGCCAAAGUGGGCCAAGGUCAAUGGCAAGAGCUGUCCCAAGGCCCGUCAGGGGCCUGGCUCUGGGGAGGCUGCAGGCCCACCUGGCUGGCAAGGACACCCUGAGGGGCCGUGGCCAUCUGCCGCCCCUCAUAGGCCAUCCGUUCAGCCACCGUACCAGCCUCUGAGCAAGGCCCUGGAGAGCCCCUUGGGGCUGCGCCCCCGCCUACCUCUGCUGAUGGGUGGGCAGGCAGCCCUGAAGCCAGAGCCCGGGCGCCCAGGCGAGGAGUCACCCGCCCCCAAGCAGGAACUGCACCAGCCCUCUUUCCCUGCACCCCAGUUGUCCCCCCUGCCGAUGCCUGGCAACCCCGCCGACUACCGUGGCCUGUGUGGUGGACCUGAGCUCACUGCACUAGGUAGCUUCUACCUGUACUGUGGCCGAGAAGGGCUGAAGUGUGGGGGCUGCUCCACCUGCCCCAUGCUGCCCGAGGGCAAGCUGUCCCCGGUGGCUGCACCUAAUGAGGGGCUCCUGUUGGCCCCAAGCUCAGUGCUCGCGGGCACCCCUUUCCAGCACCCUCCCUGGGGCUCCUCUCGCUACUGCUCUGGCGAGGACACUGGAGCAAAUGAAUACAGCCUCUGUGAAGUGUUGCCUCUGUCCGUCACCCACGCUGGCACUGCGUGUGGCGGCUGUCCCUACAAAAUGCCUUUCGCAGCAGAAGGCUGCAGGUCCCUGGGCCAGCUGGAAUUUCCUCUUCUGGAAGCUGGCCACCCAGCCUCACCUGCUCACCCCCUCCUGGGGUGCCCUGUGCCCAGCGUGCCACCUGCAGCAGAGCCCGUCCCCCAUCUUCAGACACCCACCUCGGAGCCCCAGACAGUAGCCCGCGCAUGCCCUCAGAGCGCCAAGCCUCCCAGCGGUUCCAAGUCUGGUCUGCGCACAGGCUCUGGCUGCCGGCACACUGUGAGGAGCAAGGCUGCCCGCAGGCCCAGCCACCCCAAGCAGCCGCGCGUCCAGCGUCCACGUCCACGCCGCCGCCGCCGCCGCCGCACUAAUGGCUGGGUGCCCGUUGGGGCUGCCUGUGAGAAGGCUGUCUAUGUCUUGGAUGAACCAGAACCAGCCAUCCGAAAGAGCUACCAGGCAGUAGAACGGCACGGAGAGAUGAUCCGAGUCCGGGACACUGUCCUUCUUAAGUCAGGCCCGCGAAAGACGUCCACUCCUUAUGUGGCCAAGAUCUCUGCCCUCUGGGAGAACCCUGAAUCAGGAGAGCUGAUGAUGAGCCUCCUGUGGUAUUACAGACCCGAGCACUUACAGGGAGGCCGCAGUCCCAGCAUGCACCAGUCUUUGCAGAAUGAAGUCUUUGCUUCUCGACAUCAGGACCAGAACAGCGUGGCCUGCAUCGAGGAGAAGUGCUACGUGCUGACCUUUGCCGAGUACUGCAGAUUCUGUGCCAUGGCCAAGCGCCGAGGCGAGGGCCUCCCCAGCCGGAAGACAGCGCUGGUGCCCCCCUCUGUGGACUACUCCACCCCGCCACACCGCACGGUGCCCGAGGACACGGACCCUGAGCUGGUGUUUCUUUGCCGCCAUGUCUAUGACUUCCGCCAUGGCCGCAUCCUCAAGAACCCCCAGUAGCCUCCUCGUGCCCAGGCUGGGGCUGCCUGCGGGCGAGUGGGGC